AGAGAGAUGCGUAUGUGUCCAAAAUAUGUAACACUAGAGCAUAUUCUUAUAAAUCCAAACUUUCCAGUGUGUGUGUGUGUGUGUGUGUGUGUGUGUGUGUGCGGGUCAUAGAGGAGGAGCCAUAAGAGGAGCCUGGCACGACACACAUUCUCUCUCUUCCCCCCAGCAACCCGACCAGCCGAGUGUAGCCGACAAAACCCGAUGAUUCACAAAGGUCAUUGAUGCCACCGCGUACACCGCCUCCCUAUCUGCCACAAACCCUAAUAAAGCCGUAUGUUCCACAAACACUUUUAUACUAAUCACUCCAAAAGCACUCGAAUCUACAAAACUACUAACUUGAGACAAAAAAAAUCGUGGAAAUACAACGUGGAAUAAUGCUACAUUCAAAAAUCUUGCACAAAGUGAAAGUAGACACCAAGAAGAAGUCAACUCGACCGUUCAUUGGCUCAUGGAGGGAACGUCAGAGGGGACUUUAUGCGGAUUGGCUGAUGCUUGUGACGUCAGAGGAAAGUCUCAAAGCUCUGGGUGGCUGUGACGUCAGUGCAACUCUCUCCCUUUGUUGUGAUUCAAUGGCAGAGAAGAGAGAAGGGACGGAGGAGGUGCAGCUCAGUUGCUCUUGCAUUUUGCGUGCUUGAGGCGUACAGUUCUGCACUGGGUUCGGCAAGAAAACGCCGUGUAUAUAUCACACAGCGAGCGCCAGGAAGAAGGUAUUUGGAAGUGGCUAGUGAAGCGGUGGCGAGCGAGGGACAGGAAGCUCUGCUGAUGGGACAAUUGUCUGCCGCCGCCAUCUUGUGACACAGGCUGAGGCUCCCAAGCUGUGAUAUGCGAAAGGCGCACUCUGUGGUGUUCCCAGUACUGAGGUGUAUAGCACUUUUUUAAUUAUACCACGGAUGAAGAAGUGGCAGCGAGCAGAACUCCCCAAGGCAGUGAUUCCUGGCGUGGGUGGCCAGUGUUUGGAAGCAGAGAGCAGCGGGACGGAAGGAGCAGAAGACAGCAGGAUCGCAGGAGGCGUCCACCAGCAGCCUACCACCACCUCUACAACCAGCACCGCCAUGGCAGGGACAAAGGUCACUGCAGCCACCACUACCUCGGGCUGUCGAUUGGGCAAGGGGCAGCAGCAGCAGCAGCAGAAGCACCAGCAGGAGGGGGACUUUGGCAUCUCUCAGCAUACAACCAUGCGACCAGGCAAGCGCAGACACCAAGCUUCUGUGUCUCCAGUAACUGCACGGAGUGAGAGCAAAUCCCCGAGAGCUAAACAACGACCAGCUCCAAACCGACAGAGUCCACCAACUGUCACCGCUGCUCCUAUAAGUAUUGCUGCUAGUACCACCAUAACAGCUAGCAGGGCACGGUCUGAUUCCUGUAGUGGCUCUGUUAGUCCAUCCCAGCUUGCAGUGCCUCGUGUGUCAGCAGAACCACCCUGCCCAUCCAAGCUGCCCAUGCCACCCAUGCACUGGGUGGCUGCAGAGGAGAAAGAUACUGCCCAGAGGCAACAUUGCCGUGCUGUUACAGAGUCCCUACUCUGUCACCUGACCACCAAGGGCAUAUUGGUAACAGCUUAGUGGUGCUGGGAAGCAGAGCAGUUUGUGGGGCAGGGUGGCGGGGUUACUGAAUGGUGGAAGAGUGAGCAGGGCCGCAGUCAUUACUGUUAUCUGCUCUGUCCGCCUGGCUGCACCCUCUGCACCACUGUCUGUGCCAGUUUCCACGUGAAACUGUCCAAGUACUACAAGGUGAAGUCAAAAAAAGUUGAUCAUAUUAUGAACUGGUAACUACAAUGUUCUUGUUCUGUGAUACUGGUAGUGCUUACUGGCUUUACUGUCCGUGUCACGCAAAGUGAAAUCACUGUUGUUGUUCCCAAUGCGUGAUGAUGUGUCCUAGCCAGCAAUAACUGGGAUCAUCAUGAGCAAGCAACCCAAUGUCCUGUAUAUUAGUAGAAUCACAUGCUGCAUUGUGGACUUGUUGCAUUUUCUGUCCUGUUCUGUUUUGGAGGAUUUGAAAAUUUUGACAAUCUGCUCUUUUUUUUUUUUUUUUUUUUUUUUUAGAUUUGAAAUUUCAAUAAUUUGGAAAGUCUUUUUAAUGGUUAAACAUAAGUUCUAUAACUUAUUAACAUUUCCACAAUAUUACAAACAAUCAUGCUGUUAAUGUCUUUUCUUAAAAAAUAAUGGUACUUUGUUAAAGGAAACAAAUUUCUUAAACUUAACUCACAAGAAAAUUUGUGCAAAUGAAGCUUGGAUUGUUUGUAGUUGGCCAGCAGUGCUCAUUUAGUGUCCUAUUGUCUGAGAUAUCUCAGGCAGAAAUAGUAUUUAGAUGCUAAUAUGUUAUUAUAAUUAUUUUGUGGACGAUUCAUCAUGCCAGUAAAAGUAUUUGCUCUUUCAUUCAUCAUUUAAAAAUGUUCUAGCCAUUAAUGUCAACUUGUUUGGGUAAUUUAGACUCAAAAUAAUCCUUCAAUCAAUGUUUUUUAUUUGAUUUUAUAUUUUACUUAUUUAUAUAUGUAUAUUUACUUUGUUAUUUUUAUGGCUUUGAGUCAUGUUGACCCUGCCAAUGUCCACAAGAUAAUUAGUUGUUGUGAGAGGCGAGGGUUAGUGUUUCAGCGCACUGUGAGGGUCGGCGGUGGGAAUCCUCCGUGAUAUACGGUGUACCACAGUACUCUAGUCUUGAGGCCCAACCUGCCACUCUCCAACCUACAGAAUUUGUAUAGACUAUUUUUAUUAUACCAGUUUUUUAUCAGUAUUCUCCUGUAACCGGUUGCUUGUUUCUUUAUAUAUUAUACAAUUUAAUUGAUCCAAAGGUAUUGGUCUGGACCAGGUUAAUGUGGAUGCCAUGUAUGCUGCGUGGCACUGGGAUUUGUUACGUGCUGUGGGCCUGUACUGCUUGCCAGUGUACUGAAUUAUUUAUCAUUGAAAGUUCUGUAUUGGAUAUUUGCAUUGUGUUGUACAAGCCCAAGUAAAUUAUGUUAGGAAGUAUGAUCUCAGAUGAGCAACUGUAAAAGUGACAGACCAGCUGGAUCCACAUUCCAGUGUUUAUAAUGGGAUUGACCCCCACAGUACAAAUCCCUUGGGGUUGUAUCCCAGAACUCUUCUGCUUGAAAUGUUACGAUGGACAACUGCACAAUGCUCAGGAGUUUUGGUCAGAUGUAGGAUUAGCUGUGUGAGUGGCACAACCCAAGCUACAAACAUGAGCUAUUAUUUAGUUUUAAGGAGUACAAAAUAUGAUGCCUGACUGAAGGUUUGGAGACCUGUGGUGGGAAGACAAGGGAGAUUCCAUGUCCUCCGUCCACAGGCACAAAGACUUCAGUUUAGCCAUAUCUUGUUGAAUCAAGUAUUUUGUAAGGGAGGCUCUUCAUACUGAGAUCUCAACAGACUCACUUCAACAAUAACAGUGAAGUCUUACAAUGUAUGCUAUUAUGAACCAAAGCUGUUAGUCACCAUCUCAUUGUACAAGUGCCCUAGUGGUGUUGGUACCCAUUGAUACUUAGCUCUACCUCAUGUCAAGAUAGAUGGAUUUAUGAAAGCAUAUCACUGUUUGGUUUUUAAUGAGAGCUGUCUUUUUGUAAAACGCUACCCAUAUCACAGGUAUUUCCACAGGUGUGCUUGUGGCUGUGCUGGUAAAUGGGUUGUGUUGAAACAAGAUUGUAUCGUUGCACGUGUUGACCACUAUGGGCAGAGUGCCACAUGUCACAAAGUCUGAGGGCUUCCUACACCUGAGGACGUGACGCCUGUUGCUUAGCAUUAAGUGUCGCUGUUUUGUAGUGUCCCAUGCAUGAGGACAAGCCUGACUGCAACCGGUUAUGGGAGGAUAAAAAGAAACACUAACACGCCCCUGGUGCCAGUACAGUGAUGACGACAGUAUAGAGGAAAUCAAAGAACCUACAGGUGCAAUUACCUUCCACUCUGCUGCCGUCAUCACUACAGACACCUUUUUAAGGAGAAUUGAAGAUUUCAUGUCUGUGAUACUGCCAUCAACUUCAACUCUCCUCCAGACUUAAAUCAGAUUGUUUGCCAGAUGUGGCAAAAUUCUAUGAUAUCAUCAUUGGUUAUGGUACAAAGAGAUCUAUUUCAAGAAGUUAUUUGACUACAUAAAAAAAACAUUAGCAAAAAAAUUUUCUCAUAUGCUAAGUUAAAUGCCGUACCUGAUACAGGUGUGAUUGGAGUUCUCAUUGCCAUGAGACCUCUUUGUAGUUUUUCCCCCAUCCUGCAUCCUUGAUCCAUUCACAGGGUUGUCACCACUAUUGUUAUCCAAGUAAUGCAUCCCACCCUAAGUCACUUAAAUUUGGAUUGUAUUCGUAAAUUACUGACACUCUGUUACCCUGUCUGGCUUUGAUAACUUUUUUUUGGCAUUUAUCAGGUAACCUGUUCCAAUCAGCUGAACCUGUAGUCUCAAACAUAAAUUUGUAUGCAUGUUUGUGAAUGUUGAAGUGUGAAAGGUUUUGAUGCUGCUGAGCAAGUGUGUCAGUAGCUGCAUGAAAGAUUUAUUAUGUAACUUUAUAUAUAUAUAUUUUUUUUUUCUUUUCCAUGUUCAAAAUCCUUUUCCCAACAUACCUUACUCUUCCUAUCUUUUAUCCUCUCUUAGUCCUAACCUUUUUCCUACUGUUUAUCCUUUCCAGUCCUAACCCUUUAUCCUUUCCCAGUCCUAACACUUUAUCCCUUCCCUGUCCUAAUCUUUUGCCCUUUUCCAGUCCUAACCUAUCCUUUCCCAAUCCUGCCAUCCUUUCCCUCCCCCGGGUUCUCUUUAGAACCCUCAAAUUAUUACAAAAAAGAAUUAAAUAGACAAACAAAUCAUCAUCAUAUUCAUUGCAAGUCGCCGUCCAUGCCAUCCCAAUAAAGUAUCCUCAUUGCUUCCAUACCCAUCACAUUCUUCAUUACUUCUGUAAGGGAGUUUAUGGUUAAUAUUAUGGGCCUUCAAGGAUGUUUCCGUGAUUCCACUGAUAUGUUGACAGACAAUAAUUGAAUUAUUGGGGUUUUCAAGGAUAUUUACAGUAUUCCAGUGAUAUAACAGGAUCUACUGGAAGUAUUGGGGUUUUCAAUGAAGUGUAUGAUUCCAGUGAUAGUUUGGAGGGUUAUAUAAUGAGUUCUCCAAGGGUGCUUCCGUGAUUGUAACAAUAACCUGACUGGCUGUAUUGUGAUUUUCAAGGGCAGUUUGACGGGCUGUAGCAGAAAUAUCGGGGCUUUCAAGGGUUUCCAUGAUUAGUGAUAGAUGUAGGAAGGACACUGGCCAAGGGCAACAAAAAUCUAAUAAAAAAAAUGCACACUGAAAUGCCAGUCCCACAAAAGGGUUAAUGAAGGAGUUUUUGGCUAGUUGGAGAACAGACUUGGCAUGGUUCCGGGCAGAAAUAUAAAGUACACGAGAUUCUGGUGAUGGAAGGCUUAAGUACCUUUUGUCGGCCACCACUCUAUCGUGUAUAGCACGAGAACAAGCUGUGUUAAACCAAGGUUUACAAGGUUUAGGACGAGAAAAAGAGUGAGGAAUGUACGCCUCCAUGCCAAACACUAUCACCUCUGUUAUGCGCUCAGCACACAAAGGCGGGUCUCUGACACAGAAGCAGUAGUCAUUCCAAGGAAAAUCAGCAAAAUACCUCCUCAGGUCCCCCCCAACUAGCAGAGGCAAAACGCCAGAGGCACCUUCGCUUAGGGGGAUCCUGAUGAGGGACUGGAGCGAUAGGACAAGAUAAAGAUAUGAGAUUGUGAUUGUGAGGGGGGUGUCAUGACACUUAGGGUCGUCGACAGAAAGGCAGCCCGACCUGGGGACAUUUAUGGUCCCCUCCCCAGAUGGGGACUCCGAGGCUGGUGUAGAAGUCGCCAUGAUGAUUUUAAUUUUUUUGAGUGAAGGGUGUGUGUGUUAUUAGGUGCUUGUAGUUUUGUGUGGAGGAAGAGAGUUGUCUUUAGAGGGCAGGCUGUGACUGACCCCUUGUGUUGUGAGACAAAGGGAAACGUUCAGUGAGGUCACAGCUGGGUUUAAUGAUAAGUUCACAGCACCCCCUGAACAGUGCUUUAGACCUCACUGGGAGUAAUUAUCGUUUCGGCA